AUGCAACACCUCCGUAGCUUAACAGAGUACACUUUCCCACUUAUAACAAAGCGUGUUAUGCAACAAACGAGCAAGGGUAAGAUUAUGUCGAAAUACGCACUCGUCGUUUGCGGUAAUGGAAAAGGUAUGGUCGGCGUUGGUGAAGGUAAAGGUGAUAGCAAUGGCGACGCUAUCCGCAAAGCAACAAUUGAAGCAGUCAGAGAAAUGGAUUUCGUCGAUAGAUUCCAAGAUAGGACAAUAUACGGUGAAUUGAAGAGCAAAGUUGGAUCCAGUCUCGUUGAACUGAGAAGUCGACCAGCAGGUUUCGGUUUAAGAUGCAGUCCAGUCGUUCACCAAGUAGCAAAAGCAGCAGGUAUAACUGACUUGAGCGCAAAAUGUCGCAGAAGUCGGAAUCCAAUGCAAGUCGUUAAAGCUACUUUGAAAGCACUCCACGGAGGUUCACAACCACAAUUGAUGAGCAGAUCUGACAUGGUUAGAGUCCCAAGAUUAGAGAAAGGCGCUGGUAUGAAGACAGCUGAAGAGAUUGGAUUAGAAAGAGGUAGAGAGAUGGUCUACAUGAACAAAAAGGUAUAUUAG